UAUGUCUGAGUAUGUGUUUAGUGCUCUGGGAAGUGUCUCAACAGAGAACCUGAGCUGAAGAAAGCAGCCUUGAUCGGAGUGAGCUAACUGGCACCAUGAAAAUAUCAGGUGUCUUUCUGCUCCUCUCUCUGGCUCUUUUCUGCUUUUUCUCAGGUGUCUUCAGUCAAGGAGGACGGGACAAAAGAGGCUGGAUUGCAAGAUCAGAGGGCCGAUUGCUAAGGAAAGGUGGCUUAAGGAAGCGUCUCUCUCACGUCAAUUGUGGUGAGUUCCAGGAUCCUAAGGUCUUCUGCACUCGGGAAUCUGAUCCACACUGUGGCUCUGAUGGCCAGACAUAUGGCAAUAAGUGUUCCUUCUGUAAGGCGGUGGCGAAAAGUGGUGGGAAGAUCAACCUGAAGCACCAGGGAAAAUGCUGAAUUAGAGCCAGUGUUUCAUGCUGAUUUGUCAGCUCUCUCAUCCUUUUCUCGCUUCUGCUUUUACUUUUCUCUAGCAGAUCCCUCAAGUUUAUAAAGACUCACCUUCCACUCUGUCUGGGUCUUGGGCAGUUCAAUAUAUAUAUAUUUCCUUUGAUUCACUUGUCAAUAAAGUAAAUUCUGCAGAAGCA